AUGAUAGCGUUCAUUUGCUCGUUCCUCGUCGCGUUCUUGCCUUUGCUGGCCUCCGCUACCCUCACUAUUACUCGGCCCACUGCUGAUGGUUGGAAAGGGAACACGACCGUCACGGUUGCUUGGAACUUUAAUGCCACUGAUUCUACGUUCUCUAUCGAGCUCGGAAACCCCAAUAUCCACUCAGGUCUACUCGCGCAAGGCCCCAUUGCUGUCCAAAACAAUGUUCAACCAAACCUUGGUUCUGUUUCAUUCGAGCUCCCUGACCUUCCCCCAGGGAACGGCUACUUUGUUCAGUUCGUGAACGUUGCCAAUGUCAACCAGGUCUACGCUACAUCUGUUUCGUUCCCCAUCACGGACAACCCCAUUACUACGACCACGACUUCGACGACUUCCUCACGGUUCUCGACCAUCGGGUCCAACGUGACGUCUGGUUCGCCGACGGGAACUGCUAGUUCCACUAGCAUCUCUCAGACGAGUUUAGUUUUGAGUUCCACUACAACUGCUAGCUCGGCGACGAGUACCACCAAAUCUGGCGGUGCAAUGGCCUCCUUCGGGUUCAAUUUGAGCGGAAUGAUAUUUGUUACAUUCGUUGUUGUUGGAGCGGCCUUCGGGGGAGCGUUGUGAUCCAUUUGUUUGGGGUUCUUUGUCUUGAUGUUGUUGAAAUGUGGCCCGGCGAUUCUCGCAAUAACCUCCGUUGAAUUAUUCGUCAUAGCUUGUUACUUUCUUUUCCUCUUACAUUCCACAUCACCUACAGGGAUCCCUUUCAACUGCAUUUCCAUCAUUCACGGACUCCUUUCCAUACCUCUGGCAUCAUCACCUUUGAUCUUGGACUUUUUUUUUCUCUACUUUUCGCCGUUUCCCCCGUUCCAAUUAAUGGAUUCACUUGUUGGUGUUCGUGGUUGGCCUUCGUUCGAGGACCCUUCGUAUUGAAGGGGAACUAGCUAAACUGGCUGUCUUCACU